AUGGCUGUCGGUAAAAACAAGAGAUUGUCUAAAGGAAAGAAAGGAUUAAAAAAGAAGGUCGUUGACCCAUUCACCAGAAAAGAUUGGUUUGACAUCAAAGCUCCAACCACUUUUGAAAACAGAAAUGUUGGUAAAACUUUGAUCAACAGAUCUACCGGUUUAAAGAAUGCCGCUGAUGGCUUGAAAGGUAGAGUUUUCGAAGUUUGCUUGGCCGACUUACAAGGUUCCGAAGACCACUCUUACAGAAAAAUCAAAUUGAGAGUUGAUGAAGUCCAAGGUAAAAACUUGUUGACCAACUUCCAUGGUUUGGAUUUCACUUCUGACAAAUUAAGAUCAUUGGUUAGAAAAUGGCAAUCAUUAGUUGAAGCUAAUGUCACUGUUAAAACUUCUGACGAUUACGUUUUGAGAGUUUUCGCCAUUGCCUUCACCAAAAGACAACCAAACCAAAUCAAGAAAACUACUUACGCUCAAUCCUCCAAAUUGAGAGAAGUCAGAAAGAAGAUGAUUGAAAUUAUGCAAAGAGAAGUUUCCAACUGUACUUUAGCUCAAUUAACUUCCAAAUUGAUUCCAGAAGUCAUUGGCCGUGAAAUUGAAAAAUCCACCCAAACCAUUUUCCCAUUACAAAAUGUUCACAUCAGAAAAGUCAAAUUGUUGAAACAACCAAAAUUCGACUUGGGUUCAUUAUUGGCUUUGCACGGUGAAGGUUCAACCGAAGAAAAAGGUAAGAAAGUUUCUUCUGGUUUUAAAGAUGUUGUUUUAGAAUCUGUUUAA